AACCUCCCAGUGAAUUUCUUUGUGGCUAUCAUCUGCAAAUUUAUUCUUAUUGCUGUGUCCAUAUCGUUCAUAUUUUAUUCGUUCUAUGUCCAUAAAUACAGUCACACACUGAUGGCAUUCUCUAUCGCUAGAGUGAUAUUCUGGUUAGUGAAUCUGAGCUCUUUGAUCAAAUGGCGUGAUCUCCCACAUCUUCCUCUUCCGCUGGCCUUAUCUUACUCUUUAGCUGUCUGUUUUGAUCUGUUACCCCUAUUUGCCUGGAGUAUGUAUUUUACGACAAGAUCAUUUAAAAAUGGCCAAUUCGUUUUUUACAUGAUGGAUUUCGUUCCCACAUUGAUAGUGUUUGUCUCUACUAUGUGUUUAUCGACUAUGCGAAGUGAAUCGCAAUCAACAUGGUCGAAUUUCUCACGAAAGAUUACCUUGAUUCUACCAUAUGUUUGGCCAAAGAAAAGCUUGUCCCUACAGUUGCGAGUAGCUUUCUGUUUGUUCCUUCUGCUAUUCGGACGUCUCAUCAAUGUCGCCCUUCCUCUAUACAGCAAAUGGAUUGGUUUGUUAUGA